AUGUUAUGUGACGUUGAAAAUUUUAUUCUUAAUAUAUCUAAUAAGCCAUCUGAUGGUUCCAAUGAUUACAUUAAAACAAUUAUGGAUUUUUGUCAUAAUGAUAUUGAUAUUGAAAAAUUAAAAUCUGAAACAUUUAUGAUUUCAGACUUUUUCAAAGUUCUUAUUAACAAAAAUCAAAUGAAAAUAAAACUAAUUACCAAAAUUUCUACAGUUUGUGAAAUUGGAAAACAAAUGUUUCAGAAUACAGGCCCUACUCCAUUUGAAGCUCUUCGAACAGUAAACGGUCAGAUCUGUGCAACAUUUCGUGAAGCAUGUCAAUUACAUGGAUUACUGGAAGAUGAUCAGCAAUGGGAUGCCACCAUGUCCGAAGCAGCUGCAGCUCAAUCGCCAGUAAGAUUAAGAAAUCUAUUUGCUCUUAUACUAGCUGUUUGUGGACCAUCCAAUCCAAAACAAUUAUGGGAGUCGUACAAAGAAAGCUUGAUUGAAGACAUUCUGAGAAAUGCUGGCAGGCAAAAUCCUGGAAUGAAUUUGGAUUAUACACCAGAUAUGUUUAAUGAAGCACUGAUUAUUAUUGAAAAUAAAGUUUUAGAGAUGGGAGGCAAAGAACUUGAGAAAUUAAAGCUCUCAACUCCUCAACGAAAUUCGGGUGAUUGA